CAGCUGGUUAUUCAGGCUAUGAAUCAUCUUAUUCAAGUGGAGCUGGAUAUGCUGGAGAUGCCGGUUAUGCAGGCGGUUAUGAUAGUUCAGCUGCAUAUGGAGUUAGUGGUGGUUAUGGUGGAAGUUAG